CGACAAACCCUGCGUUCGUUGGGCCUCUCCCUUAAUUCCUUUCCACCUUAAAACCUUUCUUCAGACAACGCGUGUUGGACCAACGUCAUCAUCGUCCACCACCACCCUCCUCAUCUCUCCUCUCCCUAAACAUUUUCCGACCUCUCCCAUUUCCCUCUAAAUCGAAGGUGAAGACAGUUCUCCAAGCUGAACCGCAACGCAGCAUCUUCCGGCGGCAGCCAACGACGAGGAUAUAUUUCUCUACCUCUUUAUCCGGGUUUUGCAUAGGCUUUCUGUCGUGAUUCGUAACUGGAGCCUAAGAAAUCCUUUUUGACAGAAAGCAGAUAUCAUUCUCCCCAACUUUUUGGGUGGGUGAAGUAACUAGUAAUUUUCUCUUGAACAUAAAAAAGAGAAAGGAAAAAAAAAUACCACUGGAAAACCAUGAAUUAUUAAUUCGUGCAUUAACUGGAGAAAUCACAACAAAUUGAAAAAUGAGAUAAUAUAUUUAUAAUGGACUUGUGGAUCGAAUCGGAUUGACCCGAUCACAGCCAGCCGAAUUUUGGAGAAACCGGACUCGACUUCGUCGAACAUUAUAAAGAAUUCCAGCGACCCGACCGGAUUAUCCUGGCCGUCGACGAUUCAACUCCCAGCCCAAUGAAGGAGGCCACGCGCCUUACAUGCUAUUUACCCAUAAUCAUUGUAUUGGCAGCAGAUCUAUGUGUGGGCAUCAGAUUCUCCGCCCAGUUAUCGGAGGGUUCAAUUACAGACACAGCCAAUCAACAACAGCUGCAAACAGCGGUUUUUGCUCUAGGAAGCUUCUGGAGAUCGGAGGCGGUGUUUGGCUGCUUGGAUGGGGUAGUGCGUACGACUGUCGGCUAUGCCGGUGGAUCCAAAACCAAUCCCGAGUAUCGGAGCUUAGGUGAUCACGCUGAAUCUGUUCAGAUUGAAUAUGAUCCUAAGUUAAUUACUUUUAAACAACUUUUGGAGGUCUUCUGGACCAGCCACGAUUCUAGGCAGGUGUUUGGGCAAGGUCCUGAUGUGGGUAACCAGUACAGAUCCAUCGUUUUCACAAAUGGAACUGAAGAGUCAAGAUUGGCUUCUGUAAGUAAAGAAAGAGAGCAGACAAGGUCAAAGAGUGGCAUUGUAACCACUCAAAUUCAGCAAUUGGGAACAUUCUAUCCUGCAGAGCCUGAUCAUCAGAAAUUUGAGCUGAAACGGAAUCCAUUUCUUCUUCAACUAAUGGGAAACUUGCCUGAAGAAGAGAUGGAAAAAUCAAGUCUGGCAGCCAAAUUAAAUGGUUAUGCAGCAGAGCUUUGUCCGCCAAGAUUGCAAAAACGUAUUCAUCCAAAGAUCAAUGACAUCCUAAGAAAAGGUUGGCCCAUCCUCAGAGAAGUUUAGGAAGAAACAUUUUUUGGUGGUGAACUUAGAGAUCCUGGGAGGCAUAUAUUUUCGGAGGAAAAUUUAUUCAAUUUCGUUCAGCUGCCCGCGACAUUUUUUUUUGUUAAAUUAUACCACUAAUUUAGUUUUUCCUUGGAAGAUCUAAGGAUUCCUUGAGAGAGAUUGAGCAUUAUGACAAAUUUGGAUUUCACGACAUUUUUCCUCAAAAUUGGAGCGACUGAUUUUUUGUUUUUUGGUACAAUAUUUUAUCUGCUUUGUAAAGGAUAUUAUAGUCUAAUUAGUUAAUUCGUUUAAGGAUAUUAUAA